AUGGGAAAGAUAAUUUUUUAUGAGGACAAAAACUUCCAGGGCCAGUGCUAUGAGUGUAGCACUGACUGCUCAGAUCUGCACUCAUUCUUUACUCGAUGUAACUCCAUCCGAGUGGAGCGAGGCUGUUGGGUGCUUUAUGAGAAAGCAAAUUUCACUGGAUAUCAAUAUAUUCUGACCAGGGGAGAAUAUCCAGACUAUCAGCACUGGAAUGGAUACAGUGACAGUAUUAAAUCAUGCCGGCUCAUUCGUCAUGCCACUGGUGGUUUGUAUAAAAUUCGAAUCUAUGAAAGGGCAGAGUUUGGUGGACAAAUGGUAGAACUGACAGAAGAUUGCCCAUCUAUCCAUGAUCGUUUCCCUUACCGUGAACUGCAAUCCUGCCAAGUGAUAGAAGGAGCUUGGGCCUUUUAUGAGCAUCCUAAUUACAGGGGCAGACAGUAUCUGCUUGAAAAAGGAGAAUACAAGCACUACAGUGAUUGGGGUGCAAACUUCCCCACUGUGGGAUCCUGCCGUCGCAUUAUGGAGUUCUAG